UUUUUUUUUUUUGACUUGCAACUAUGAAAUUAAAACAUCAUCGUUACCUUAUUGCUUGUAUCCUUCCAUUUUUAUUACCUUAUUCUGUAUUUGCGGAUAGUAAAAGUGUUCAACAACAUUUAGCUGAAGGCAACAGUUAUCUAAUAAGUAGACAAUUCAAUAAUGCCUUACUAAGCUUUGAUGCAGCCAUUCACAAAGAACCUGAUAAUUAUUUAACUUAUUUCAAGAGAGCUACUGCCUAUCUUUCUUUGGGACGUUACAAUGCUGCGGUGGAUGACUUUACAAAAAUCUUGGACCUUAAACCUGAUUUCCAUAAAGCUUUAUUAGAAAGAGCUCGUAUAUAUGCCAAAGAAGGAAGUUUUGAUUUGGCCAUUCAGGAUUUGGAAAAAUAUUUAUCUACUUAUCCAACUCAUACAGACACUGAACAAUUGCUUCAAUCAGUUAAAGAAGCUCAAAGUUCAAUAAAACAAGCUGAAAUUGAAAAAGAGAAUGGAAAGUUCGAAACAUGUAUUACUUUAGCAAGCACUGCAUCUCGUAUUUCACCUUCUUAUACUUAUGCUCGUUUAUUAAGAGCUCAAUGUCAUAUUGCCCGAGGAGAAAUUGAAGAAGCUGCAGGUGAUUUUGCACGAGCGGCACAAUUGAAUCCAUCUGAUCCAACUAUUUUAAUUUUAUUAUCUAAAAUCAAUUUUUAUUCUCUGUCAGAAAUGCAAGGCGCUUUGACACACAUUAAACAAUGUUUACAUUAUGACCCAGAACAAAAGCAAUGUAAAAAACUAUUUAAAAAAAUGAAAAAAUUGGAAAAGACAAUACAGUCAGUUGAAAAGGACAUUGAGUUAAAGAAAUAUGCAACAGCAGCUAAUCGUCUUAUCGGUACUAUGAAUCGUGAAGGUAUUUUAAAGGAAGUAGAUUCAGACUAUGACGAACUUGUAAAGGAAUUAAAGACAAAUAGCUUACCAAAAAGAUUACAUUUCAAAUGUUAUCAGAUGGCUUGUAAAUUAUAUGGUCAACAAAAGGACGAUGAAAAGAUCCAUUUAUGGUGUUCAAAGACAUUAGAGAUUCAAGAUGAUGAUGUGGAUGCUUUAUCAUAUCGUGGAGAAGUUCUUUUGAAACGAAAAGAAUUUGAAGCUGCUGUUCGUGACUUGGAAAAGGCAAAUGAGAUUUCAGGUGGUCGUGAUCAUCGUAUUCGACAAUUAUUACAACAAGCUCAUCAGAGAUUAAAGAUGUCAAAGAAGAGAGACUAUUAUAAAAUCUUGGAUGUUUCACCUGAUGCAGAUACUCGAGAGAUCAAAAAGGCAUAUCGUAAAAAGGCACAUGAGUGGCAUCCUGAUAAAUAUAGCGGUGAUCUUGGAAAAGAAGAAGUUGAAAGAAAGAUGGCAGAGAUUAACCAAGCUUAUGAAGUUUUAAGUGAUGCUGAUAUGAGGCAACAAUAUGAUAAUGGAUUUGAUCCUUAUGAUCCUGAACAAGGAAGUGCAGGUGGCGGAAGUGGAGGUCAUGGACCUAUGGGAGGUUUCCCAUUCCAAUUUACUCAAGGAGGAUUUAGCUUCCAAAAUGGUUUCCCAUUUGGUGGUGGAAGUAAUUUCCCUGGUGGAGCUGAGUUCAAGAUGCAUUUCAACUAGAAUUAUGAUUAUAAACAUUUUCUUACUAGGAAUAAAGUUAGCAAAUUAAUGAUUUAUCUUUUAGACAUUUUAACAAAGAUUCCAUUUGUCAAGAUGGGAGAAUGAUGAAAGAAAAAAUUUUAUAUAAAAAGAAUGACUUUUAUUCUACUAAUCCAGUCAAUUUUAUAGUUAAUGUAUUUUUCUUUGCAAUACAAUUUUG